AUGAAAUAUGUGCCUGGGGGCUACCAUCCCGUCGACAUUGGUGACAAGAUCGCCCAGUACACCGUGCUUCACAAACUGGGGUCCGGCGGCUUCGCAACCGUGUGGCUGGUUCAGUCCAGCGACGACAGCCGGUACUACGCCCUGAAGAGUCUCUGCGCUGAUGUCUUGGAAGCGAAGGCCAAUGAGCCAGAAGUCAUGGAGCAUCUCGGCCCACAUGACCAUCCAAACGUUGCCAAGUUACUUCGUUCCUUCGAGGUCACCGGCCCUAACGGCGUGCACACGUGUCUUGUUCGUCCAGUUUACGGUCCCAGUCUCUACCAAUGGGCCUUCACCCUGGGCGCAAGACAUCGGAUUUCUCAGCAAGUUUCCAACGGUGUUGCGUUUCUGCAUGAACGUGGAGUUGUCCACGCACAUCUUACCACUUCCGAUGUUGUCUUCAAUCUUCCAAGCAUCCAAUUGAUGUCGCCAGAUGAAGUGUGCCAGUUGCUGGGGCCCAUCGAGAGAGAGAAGCUGAAACUGCGCGACAGCUCCAAAUCUCCUCAUGGCCCAAAGAGAAUUGUCAACAAUCCCGACUUCUCAGGUUUCAACAUUGGCAUGUCAUCUGCUGCAGUCAUGAUUAUCGACUUCGGGGAGGCCCGGCAGCGACUUGUGGGAAUUGGCCUGUCUGCUGUUCGAGAUACUCUGUGGCAGACCUUGCUUCCGCUGUACUUUCCCAUCUUCGAGAUGCUCAUCGGGCUUAUAGUCCAUCACGUGGGCUUGUUACCACGCAGCUGGCAAGGUCACUUUGACGCGGAAAAAUAUGGUGACAGACAGGGCAGGACGUUGCAGAGCACACCCGAUGGCGCUUGGUAUUGGUUCGAAGCAAAACCCGGAGAGGAAUGGGGUAGCCUCGGGGGAGAAAUCGCCAAGGCGGCCUCGGGGGUGGAGCUGUCGACGGAGCAGCAGGGGUUCAUUGUCUCCUUACUACAAGAUAUGCUGGCUUGUGAGACAGAAAACCGACUGACAGCUCGUGAUACGUCACGUCGUAUAGAGUCUGCUGCGUCGCUGUUUGGUGGAGAAGUGGUUGAGCACCUCCUCCUGGUUGAGGAUAUCCCGGACGCACCAUCACCGCCGCCACCUCCAGAGGACAGUGACGCCAAGUGA